CCAAGACCUCAGGUUUAAAAAAAAUAUUACAAACAUGUAAUUUUAUAUUUGGAAAAGUUAUUGAUAGACGCACACAUCUAUGCCAAGCAGAAUACUAUUACCUUUACAACGCAAAGGAGCGUUAUCCUUUUAAACAAAAUACUUUUUGCAUGAAUUGUUACAAAAUUAGAAUAUAAAGAAAGAGGUGUCUAAGAGAUUUUUUUUUAUUCUAACUGUAUAUAUCCGAUAUAUAAACAUAUAAAAGUUCGUAAACAUUUGCGAAUACGGCGCCUUCGCUUAUCACUUUCUAAUCUCGUUGGUUGCAGAACGGAAACACUCUGCAAAUUCGGGGUUACCGUGACGUAAAAUCAGGCCUAUACGCAACAUAUAGUGCAAAUUACUUUUCUCCUCGUCGGCAAACAGACGUCAAGUGUUUGAAGAAAUUGUCUUCCAAUUCUCAUAAUAUCAUUUAAGAAAGAUGACUUCUUCUAUUAACAAAACUGAUGAUAGAGUUAAAAAUUCGCUAGAUAGCGAAUGGAAUUGGGCCCUGCGAAUAUCGGUGUUAUGGGUAUUAAUAAUAGUUGGAAUUAUUGGGGGUCUGUUGGUUUUUCUUUGGUUGUGGAUGAAUCGCCGCAGGAGAUCUAGAGUGAAUUUGAUAAUCUUAAAUGUGGCCGUAGCAGAUUUGGCAGUUAUCUGCUACAGUUGCCUAAUGCAAUUAGUUAUUGAUCACGACAGAACAUGGAGAGCCGGAAAUGUCAUGUGCAAAAUCCUUAAAUUCCUACAGACGCUUUUCAUCGUCGCUAGUUCCUAUAUGGUAAUCGUUCUCAGUGCCGAUCGACACUAUGCUAUUUGUUCGCCACUCAGACAACCGGUGGCCGUUUGGAAGCUGGUUUUUGGAGCAUGGGCAAGUUCUAUACUUCUAAACCUGCCUCAACUUUAUGUUUUCAGGGUAAAUUUCGUCACAAAUACUACUGGGCAAUUUGAAAAUAUGACACUUUGCGAAUCCGUCUUUCGAAGUGUUCCAAAGAUUCAAAGGCAAAUAUACCAGACCUUUAACUGCAUCUGCUUCUAUUGGCUGCCAAUGAUUAUACUUUUGGUCUGCUACGUUCAUAUCUUUGUAAAAAUAUACAGAAAAACCCAAAAGCCAGUGUCUCACUCUUCGUCAUCUUCAUCUUCAUCCAGAAGAUUAUUGAAGAGGAACAAAAUUCAAUUAACUUCUACAACUUCUUCAACAAUGUCGAAGGCAAAGAUAAAAACCUUGAAAAUGGCGAUAGUAAUUGUUUCCACUUAUAUAAUUUGUGGGAUGCCUUAUACAAUUUUCGAAAUGAUACAUACCUUCGGCGAUGGAAAUUCCCUUUCUAAAGCUCCCGCUGCCAUACUUGGGGGAAUGGCACCAGCCAAUUCUGCUCUGAAUCCUUUCAUUGUCCUAAUGUUCAAUGCUAACAGACAAUUCUUUGAGAGUAUUUUCCUGUUUUGGCGGACAACAACAGAGAAGAAAUCUUCUAGUACACAGCCACCAACUCACGAUUCAACAGUUGUACAAACAGAGAUGACAACAGGUAACAUAAUGGGUGAAACAUUACAACUAGUAGAGAAAAAACAAGGAAAAGAGGCUCCCAAACCAGCUUAGAUAACCGUCAUUUAAUUAGCUUUAUAAGAGUUCACGCCUGAACAAAUUUUUGUUCACAUCCCAUACAUAAAUGAUCUACUAAACUUUGCUUUUAGUUAACCCCUUUAACACUUUCUUUUAGUCUAAACAGGCAAUUAUCUUGACUCAUAAAUAUGAAAGGAAAUAUAUAUUUAUUCAUAGGCUGAUACCUAUUGAAUUUUUCCGCCCUUUCCCCUCAGUUCUCCUGAUAUAAUUACUGUUUAUUCAAUUAGUAUUUUGUAGUCCGUGUGCAAAAUCCUUGAAAACGAUAUUUCCGCAUCUAAAUUACUGCCGAAAAGAAAACAGAUAUAAUACACCUAGAUGUCAGUUAAGCUCUUAAGCAUCUGCAAACUAAGAAAUAGAAUCAAAAUAUAAAACCGGGACAAAAUACCCUCACGCCAUCAGUUGUCAUGAAAGAAUAUUCUGACAAUAUAAACAUAUCGAAUAAUUUUAAAAUCACUUUUCGGUAUUCAUGAAGAAAAAUUAAUGUAUAUAAAUAUGCCUACAUUGAUGUUCACUGUCUGUUAAAUAUAUAUACAAUAUACUAUAUGUGUCUAUACAUAAUAGUACUAUGUACAUAUAACAAAUAUACUACAUAUAUAUGUAUAUGUAUACAACAUUACAUGCGCAAUUAUAUAUCAGUCAAAAUUGAAAUAAUCAAACUUAUUGUGUAUUCUCUCAGUAAGUGAUCAAUGCUACCAAUUGUAUCUAUGUUAAUGUACUAAAUGCGUACUGAUAAUAUUGUUUAAAUUAUUAUAAGUAUGCGUAAAUAUACAGGUAUACUAAGUAUAUAUACAUUAAAUGUAAAUGAACGUUGGGAUGUAAAUGUAAAAGUGGUGUAAAAUAGUGUUUAUUGUAAAUUGUUGUGGUAAAUAGUGUCUAAAUGUUGGAAGGAAUUGCUAAAUGUUAAUCAUGUAGAUAUACAGAAGAAGAACCGUUUUAUUUAAUACACGUAUUUC